GAAUCUGAUCCUCCGUAUCCAAUCAGUACAACUUUUGCCCUGCACUCGCGCGGACCUCUGUUUCUGGUGAUCUCCGAAUCAAAUUCUCGUGUUCGUUCGUUGUCACUCAAUAUGGAAGAACAGUUUUUGAAUCCGUUGGAGGAUGACAGUGUACCGGAUGAUGUGCAAGAAAAAUUGGCCAAAGUAAUUGAAAGAUAUCAACAGAUGAGCGAUGAGGAAAAAGAGCAGUUCCAGCAGGGAGCCUUUGACGUGUUAACAAAGACUCUGCAAAAGUUACCCAAGAACACGAUUCUGCCCACGUGGCUCGCACCAUACCAGUCUUACAUUUUAUUCAUUUUUGCGGUAUCGAUUGUGGCAUUUCUACUCGUUAUUGUUUCGCGCAGACUGUAUAGCCGUGCAAAAGAACGAGAACAACGUCAAGAAGAAAAGCGGAAGCUUAGACAAGAGAAAAUAGAGAUGAAGAAGAAGAAAAAGAAGCUUGAGAAGAAGCAAACGUAAUAUGUGAUUGUACACGGUCAAUAUUUUGGCAAAAAGCAAUUCAUUGACGAAUAGGUGAACGAAUUCUUACAAUAAAUUUGAAACAUAUGUUUUACAA